AUGAUAUCAGGUCACCUCCCCCACAAAAUCAAGGACCUACACACUCAAUACGGCGACAUAGUCCGCGUGGCACCAGACGAAUUGUCAUUCCUUGACCCGACAGCAUGGCGCGAUAUAUACCCUAAAAAUUUCCUCCGACCAGCAGUAUACAAAGAUCAGCCUCCGGGUAAAAACGCGGCGAAUUUGAUUGCGUGUUCGGAGACAGAGCAUGCGCGGUUUCGGAAAGUGUUGGCUCCGGGAUUUGCGGAGAGGUUUGUUGGAGAGGUGCAGGAGCCUGUGAUACAAGGGUAUAUUGACAAACUUGUCGAGAAGCUCACGCUUCGCAUGUCCGAAGGAGAGGACGGAGGCAGAGGCGGAAAGACGACGGUGGAUGCAGUUGAAUGGAUUAAUUAUGUCGCGUUUGAUAUCAUUGGAGAUCUCACAUGGGGAUCCUCGUUUGGCUGUCUUGAUGGGUUGAGAUAUCACCCCUGGAUUCAGACGGUGAGUCAUUUCAAGACUGCGAUGGUUGUGGGGGCGAUGAAGUUUUAUCCGUUGCUCUACCAGGGGCUGAUGGCGAUUACGCCGCCGUCGGCGCUGAGGGAGGUUAUGGAGAUGUGGAAGGUGACGGAGGAGAAGGUUAGGGAACGGGUUAAGAAAGGGGGUGGGGAGAGAGCGGAUUUCGUUUCUGUCAUUCUUGCAGCAGCAGCAGAGAACGAUAAGAAGGGGGUUGAGGAGGGUAUGACUCAGGAAGAGAUGGAGGUUAAUGCCAUGAUGAUCGUGGCUGCGGGCAGCGAGUCCAUCACCACCAUUCUGACCGGUGUGAUCAAUUAUUUGCUACGCAAUCCAGAGAAACUUGCCCUGCUCACGCGCGAGAUUAGAUCAACUUUCCGGUCUGAGCAGGAUAUUACGGGCACCGCGUUGAAGAAUUGCGCAUAUCUUAAUGCCGUGCUGAACGAGGGCAUGAGACUCUGUCCCACAAUCCCUGAUUCCAUGCGUCGUCUCGUUCCCCCCGGUGGAGCAAUAGUCUGCACUCAACGUCUUCCAGCUGAUACCGUAGUCUCAAUCCCUCCCUGGGCAAGUUAUCGCUCCUCUCGCAAUUUUGCGCGUCCCGACGAAUUCUUGCCUGAGCGCUGGCUAUCGUCGCCAGAUAAGGACGGUAGCAAAGACAGUAAAAUCGCAUUCAACCCGUUCUCGCUGGGUCCACAUAAUUGUCCAGGGCAGAAUUUGGCGUGGCUGGAAUUGAGACUGAUUCUGGCAAGGUUGGUUUGGAGGUUUGAUAUGGCGAUUCCGCCGGGUGUUGAGCUGCCGAGGUGGGAGGAGCAGGGGAUUUGGUGGUUUUGGGAGAAGAUGCCUACUCUUGUGUCGUUUAGUCAGUUUCGCUAG